AAAUUGUCAGAAAAAAAAAAAGAAAAAGAAAAGAAGCAUGAAGAGAAGAGAAAAGGAGUUUGACGUUGAUUACGGUUUACACAGUUAUGGCUGAAGGUGAGAAGAUAGAGAAGAAGCAAACUCUGAGAUUGUAGGAAGCUGCACACUGCACACUUACACUCCUUCCUUUCAAUCUCAAUUCUCAGGCAACUCAGUAAUUUUCUCCCAAUUCUGCAAUGGAAGCAGAGUUGGAUCCUGAGCAGCAGCAGCAUAUGAUGCAUGGAAGUUUUCCCCAAACUAUGCAAAUUGACCCUAGAAGGGCUCGGUUCCCAUGCUCCAUCGUGUGGUCACCGCUUCCUGUGAUAUCGUGGUUCAUCCCUUGCAUCGGUCACAUUGGCAUCUGCAGAGAGGAUGGGGUCAUUUUGGAUUUUGCAGGGCCUAAUUAUGUGUGUGUGGACAAUUUUGCAUUUGGAUCUGCCACUCGGUAUAUUCAAAUAAGCAGAGAUAAGUGUUCCAUCCCUCUAUGCCAAUCUCCAGAGAGUGGUGAGGAAGACUACUUACAGGGUGAAAAUGGAGGAAGAAGAGAAUUGAGGACUUGGGAUGAUGCUUUGCUGAAGAGCACACAAGAAUUCCAACAUCGAUCUUACAGUCUCUUUACGUGCAACUGCCACUCAUUUGUUGCCAAUAAUCUAAAUAGGUUGGGCUUCUUGUCUCGUGGAUGGAAUGUGGUGACCCUUGCAAUUUUCAUUCUGUUCAGGGGACGUUGGGUCAGCACAGCAUCUAUGCUGAGAUCUGUCUUACCAUUUAUUUUUGUAUUUUCUAUUGGAGUCAUUUUGGGGGGCUUCACCUUCCUAAAAUAUUGGUUCCUAUUCACUUCUGCACUCAUUGGUUGGUUCAUUAUUGGUACAUACUGUUUCAAGAAUCUGAUUCAGUUGUAGUAGGUGUUUACAUUGUCUGGAACCUGUUCCACUUUGUAUGAAACUGUAGUGCAUUCCGAGUUUGUGAUACAUAGCAAUAUAGCAUCUAAUAUCUAUAUAUCAUUUAGAUGACACUCGUUGGUGUUGUUGUCAUAGACAUGUUGAUUGAAUAGGACUCCUUAUGUAUGCAA